AUGGACAUGGUUGACAAUACGUCUUCUAUACCAAGGUGCCUCCAAGCAUCGGACGCCAUGUCUCCUGUUCCGGACAUCCCAUACUUCCUGAGUGAGAACCUGACAGCCUUGUUCUCCAUCGUGGGCAACCUGUUCAUCUGCUCGGUCAUCUUGCGGAACAGGAAGCUGCGCGCUGUUGUCACCAACUACUUCCUAGUCUCACUCGCCGUGGCGGACAUCUUGGUGGGGGCAGUGGCCAUCCCCUGUGCCCAGUUUACUGAUAUGGGAUUGCCCCGGUACAGGCCGCGGCUCUGCCUCUGGAUGCUUUGCACACUGCUCGUGUUCACGCAAGCCUCCGUUUUUGGGCUUUUGGCCAUUGCGGUGGAGAGGUACAUCUCCAUUUUAAAGCCUUUCCAGUACAAAUCCUGGAUGAGUCCCCGCAACUCGCUCUUGGUUAUUGUGGCCUGCUGGGCUCUGGCCGUCCUGAUUGGCCUCUUCCCUAUGAUGGGCUGGCACAGCCCCUUGCCUGCCAGUGGGGAAUGCCUGUUCAAUAGCAUCAUUAAGAACACCUACAUGGUUUAUUUCAAUUUCAUGGCGUGCAUGUUGGUGCCCUUGUCGAUCAUGAUGGUGCUGUACGGCCGCAUCUUCCUGGAGGUCAGGCGCCAGAUCCGCAAGGUGGCGGAGGGGGAAGUCGACGUCAGCGCUCAGCAGAGACGGAGGAUCAUUGUCCGCAAGGAAGUGCAGACAGCCACGUCUCUCUUCAUCAUCAUCUUCUUCUUCGCCGUUUGUUGGCUCCCAGUCCAUGUCCUCAACACCAUCAUGCUCUUCUGCCCGACCUGCCACAUCCCCAGCCAGCUCCUCAUGGCGGCCAUCAUCCUGUCCCACACCAACUCUGCCAUCAACCCAGUCAUCUACGUCUUCCGUGUGAGAUCCUUCCGGAAGGCCUUGGAGGGAGCCUUUUCCUGUGUCUGGUACUCCACCGCCCUGGGCGUCUUCUCCGCAUCUGGGAUCAUGCCGUCCGCUGUGUCGGAAAUGCCCCUCAGGAAUACCUCUCUGCCGGGGAAGUGA